UAAGGCGGUUUGGCGGAAUGCGCCACUCAAGUAACGACGCAAACAACGGCUCAGGUGUCGCACUUGGGCCCUCCACCAUUGACUGUUUGCUUUCUAUGGGCGAUCCCUUACUCAGGGUCCGUUCCGGUGCAGAGUGGCCACUCGAACGGUCAACAAUGUAGCCUGGCCAACGAUGGAGAUAAAUGCGCGCGGUGCCAGAACGCGCCAUAAAUCCUGCAGCACGUUCCCUUGUGCGAUAAUCCGUCCCGCUCCGAUCAGCGAUCGAUAAGCCGGAGCCCGAACGGAUGGCGAACGCGGGGCACGAUCGGUUCUCGGCGUUCGUGUGCCCGCAUCGCGAUCGGCUAUCGGUGGCGGCGUGCUGUUCGGCAGCAUCCUAACGCUGACUGGGGGCCGCCAUCACAUUGAUAACAUGAUGCGGCAAUGGCGGAAAGAUAAUGGCGGGUUUCGGUUGCGGACGCGAAUGCGCGCGCGUCCUGUUCGCAGUCGUCGGUCGGUUCUUCACCCGUGCGGUUCUCGGUGCAGCUAGUGGCACUUCAGAUCAUCUUAGGCAAGUGAUGACAGAUGCGUGACAUCGACCAGCUAGUCCACAACGCUACACAACGUAACCUGACGCCACGUGCCUAACGCCAGCAGUGCGGGGGGAAACCUGACGUGACGCAGCAGCUCCCGAGCCCAGGUCCCGAGGACCAGAUUUGGCAGAGAACUCCAACCCCGCAACCCCCUCUCUACCCCACCCCUCCAAUACAUAUCAACACAGCAGCCGGUGAGAUGACGCACGGACCACCGGCAAGCCGCAAGCGGCAGCAGCAGCAGAUCGACAGUGACAUCGAGCAGAGCGUCACCGAUGUGGACCCGAAUGGGUUGCCCACACCGCCGGACGGUGGCUGGGGCUGGAUGGUGGUGUUGGCCUCGUUCAGCAUUCAUAUCAUCACCGACGGUUUGACGUACUCGUUCGGUAUUUUCUACUCCGAGUUCCUGACGUACUUCAACGAAGGUAAAGGCUACACGGCCUGGAUCGCAUCGAUCCUUGUAGGUGUUACACUAUGCUCCGGACCCAUCUCGUCAUCGCUGGUCAACCGGUACGGUUGCCGGGCGGUCACGAUUGCCGGUGCACUGCUCGCUAGUGCCUCGCUCGCGGUCAGCAUGUACGCGACCAGCGUGUUCAUGCUGUUCAUCACGAUCGGCGUCGGCACCGGGCUCGGGCUGGGGCUGAUCUACCUGCCCGCGAUCGUGAGCGUCACGAUGUACUUCGAAAGACUGAGAUCCCUGGCGACGGGCAUCGCGGUAUGCGGUUCCGGCCUGGGGACGUCGAUCUUCGCCCCGCUGACCGAGGCGCUGAUCAAGAAAUUCCAAUGGCAGGGCGCACUGCUGGCGAUCGCCGGCAUCGUGCUGAUCUGCGUCCUGUUCGGGCUGAUGUUCCGGCCGCUGGUGCACGAACCGGCCAGCCCCGGAAAGGAGCUCCAGGAGCUUCCGCAACAUUCCAGCGCCGAUCCAAGCACCACCAUGAAGCCGACCGCGGGCAACGCUAACGAGAGCAACCUGAAGCGCUCCAACAGCCACGGUCAUGUCGAUGCACCGAAAAUAGAUCUCAAUGCGAACGGACACUCGGCAAGCGGUCACAACCUGGACAAGCACACGCGCACCACCCCGGGCGAGGAUGCGAAACGGCUCGGGCUCAGCCAGCCACUCCUCACGGCACCGGAAAGCGGCCAGCCAGUGCCGCUGAAGCGCACCGAGAGCGGCACCAUGUACCGCAAGGACGCACUCUACACCGGCUCCGUGCACAACAUCGCCUCGCGCCACGCCUCCCAAGCGAACCUGUCCAUCUACGAGAAGGGCAGCUACGGCUCGGUCCAGGGCAACGGGCUGCACCGGCCGCCGGCCGAACCGGACGCCCCGGAGCGCUGCCUCGGGUGCAUACCGUGCUCGCGCGAAACCUGCGACACCUUCCGCGAGAUGAUGAACUUCUCCAUCCUGAAGGAUCCGAUCUUCAUCAUCUUUACCGUGUCGAACUUCCUGACCAGCGUCGGGUUUAACGUGCCGUACGUGUACCUGGCCGCCCAGGCCCAGGUGCUCGGCAUCGGCUCGAAGGACGCGAGCUAUCUGCUCGGCAUCAUCGGCAUCGCCAACACGAUCGGGCGCAUCGUGCUCGGCUACCUGUCCGACAAGCCGUGGGUGAACCGGCUGGCCGUGUACAACUGCUCGCUGGCCGUGUGCGGCAUCGCGACCGCCCUGUCGGUGCUGUGCGUGGACUUUUACUGGCUCGGCGUGUACUCGGCGGUGUACGGCUUCACGAUCGGUGCGUACGUUGGGCUGACGUCCGUCAUUCUGGUCGAUCUGCUCGGGCUGGAGAAGCUGACGAACGCGUUCGGGCUGCUGCUGCUCUUCCAGGGCAUCGCCUCGUUCGUGGGGCCACCGAUCGCAGGCUGGCUGUACGACUACACACUCUCCUACGGUCCCGGAUUCAUCAUGGCCGGCACGACGAUCGCCAUCAGUGGUGCGAUGUUGUUCGCCAUCCCGUCCCUGCAGCGAUAUCUGGCCCGGCGACGAUCCGCCGCCGGUGCCACGGUGGCCAUUCCGUUAGAGUAGACACACCGCAAGCCCUGCUACGGUGUCCUGCCCUGAUUUUGUUCAUAGCUUCCGGCAAGGCACGCCCGGAUGGCAUUAGUUUGUUUUUCUUACCUCAUUUACUACCGCGUACCGAAUAGAGCUUAAGGUCGCGCGUCGUAGCAGCUUAAGGUAGAGACGCUCAAGAGCGAAGUGCGCGUGCGGGAGGCAACACAGCCGUUAUCGCGCAGUUUUGAUUAAUAUUUGUAAGAACAGUUUUUGUUUCCGUUUUUUUAUCGUCUUUUGUCUUGGCUAAAUAAAUUUACUUUCUGCUAUCUAAA